CGGAACGACAUUGCCCUUUCCAUGACCAAGCGGGCGGCCGAGGACGGGCUGCCCGAGGGAUGGGUUCUGCAGCACUCCAAGUCCAAAAACAAGCCGUUCUAUGUCCACGUAGCUACGCAAAAGACGCAGUGGCACCUGCCCACGCCGGCCAAACCGCCCAAGCAGGCCAAGCCAGACAAGGCGGCGACCAAGCCUGACCCGUUCUCGCUUGUGCCGCCGGCGACGGUGGCGGCUGUCACACGUGCGUUCCGCGUCGGCGCCGCGCAAAAGCAGCGCAACGGAAGCAUACAUGUCUUUCAGCCGUGGCCGCACCAAGUCCGCGCGGUCGCCAAGCUCGUGCACGCCGUCUCGACGGCAUCGGACCCUGGCGCUAACUAUUUGAUUCAGCACAGCACGGGCUCGGGCAAGUCGGUGACGCUGGCGUGCUUGGUAUCUUGGCGUACCAGCUGCUCUACACGUCGGAUGCGUCUGGCCAUGGCUUUCACACGGUCAUCAUCCUCGUCGACCGCAUCAAACUUGACCAGCAGCUUGGCGACACUGUCGAAGCCUUCUUGCACCAAAACGGGAUGGAAGCAAUCUACCGUGCGGAGAGCAUCGAGCACCUCAGCGCCAUUGUGCGCAAGUCGGACGACCAAAAGGUAAUUGUGACGACGACGCACAAGCUCAGCCAGCUCGUGAACGACAAGGUGCUUCUGGCACGGCUUUUGCAUGCGUCGACGGCCAGCAGCAGCGCCACGUACAAGCAUCUAGCGAUCCUCGCGGACGAAGCCCACCGGUCGCACACGUCGUCGACGCGCGUCUCGAUCGACACGGUGCUGCAAGCGCUCUCGACCGAUGCAUGCAAGACCAUGUAUGUGGGCUUUUCGGCGACGCCAAGUGUCCAGGCGCUCGAGCUCUUUGGCUCGGGGGUCGACCCGCGCGCGCCAUUCGAUACGCACUCGCUCACAGACGCGAUCGCCCACAAGCACAUUGUCGACGUGCUGUCCCAUACAACGUUUCUACAGAGUCCACUCGUGUCGCCGUCGAUUUUUGCCAAAGUGAAGUCGAUGAUGCAGCACUUUGUUCGGCUCAAAACCAAGGUCAUUUUUGGCAAGUGUCUGGUAGUCGUGCGCAGCCGCAAGGACGUUGUCGCGUACCACACUGCGAUCCAGUCGUACAUGGCGGCCCAGGGAUGGCCGACCCAAGUUUAUUGCACGUUCAGUGCGUUUGACGGCCUUAGCGAGAAGCAGCUCAACACCACGUGCACCCUCUCGCUCGCUGACGUCAUUGUUGUCUGUGACAAGCUCGACACGGGCUACAACGAGCCGGGGUUGAUCGCCAUGUACAUUGACCGACCGCUUUCGCGCCACGCGCACAUUGUGCAGCUGCUGAGCCGCUUGAACCGAGCACGCGACGGAAAGGCUCGUGUCCAUAUCGUCGACUACUGCAACCACCCGCUGACGAUUUGGGCCGCGUUCGCCGCCUACGCCCACGCCAAGGUGCUCUACACGCGCAAGACGGACCGCCGACACUGGCGCCGUAGCUACGAGAUGUCACGCCUCUUGCUUCUCGAGACGCUGCCGGGGUACCUCUUUCAAGGCACGGUGUACGUGGGGGAGGCGGCGCCACCGACACCAUUGCAAGUCGCUGCAAGCGUCGCCAUCUUGGAUCCCGAUGUGCAGAGCCAGAUCCGAUUUGGCCUCAAAACAUAUGUGGCCGCGUCCCAGGCACUAAGCACCGAGUGUCCGCUGCUGCCCGUCACGUGGGUGGAGGCGCUCAAGGGCGAGCUGGAUCGCCAGGGAAGAGACAAGACAGACGUGCAAGAGGAGAGCACUGUGGCUGGUAGCGACGAGGCGGCCUUCGACAUCAUGUACGACGGACCGUUGCCGUUUGAUUCGGAGACACUGCGAGGGCGGUACGGCUACCUCAGUGCGCUCCUCUCUGGCGACACGAAAGCAACGUGCCAAGAGAUCCGUGAGUCCCCCAAGGAUGCUCUCGACAAGCGAAUUGCCUCGUUGCGAGCGGCCCUGCAGAAGGGUGUGCCGUAAACCGUAAACCACAGCGCCGCUUGAGGUUAGGGUACUGUGUUGGCGUCCCGCAGCUUGGUAGAAAUCAAGUUUCGUGCCAACAUUACUAGCUAGCCAAAUGUAUAAUUAUGUGGUAAGCUCUCGCUGGGCUGUCCGACAGGCAAGCCUCGGCACCUGCAGCAAAAUGC